UUCAUUGUAUCUUUGACAAGUCUAAAAAUAGGAUAAUAAAAGACCAUAUGAGGGACAGGCCUCUAAUGUGCACAAGCACAAAAUUAAAAAUGAUAAAUUAUUCACUUUUGGAAAAAAAAAUGUACAUGCAUAUACAUGUUUCUCCUUUUAUUAACAUACCUAUUCUGUGUAUGACCGUAUUUAUCAUAGAUAAUAUAACUUUUAUGUAAUUUUUCUCAAGAGGCUUAGUGCGUUUCUUGUAAAAUCCCCUGGCCUGUUCAUGUCUGUAAUGAGGAUGAGUCGACUCCCACAGGAAUUCCCUUGGUAAUUCCCUGAGGAACCCCAGAGGUGUGGGAUAACCAUUGAGAGGGAGGACACAGCUAUGUUGGUACAUUCAGAUUAUUUCUUUGAAUGCAUUAAGAUGUGACUAUGCAGAUGAGCACAGAAAAUAAUGGUGGCUAUAAAAAUACCUCCCUAAAGGGCAAUGAAGAAACAACAAACACAGAAAAGAAAAUGGAAAACUGAAUUAAUAUGAAAAAAAUAAAUUAAAAAAUGAGAAGCAACUUCGUCCCCCAGUGCCAUGGUAGAAGUCUUCAAUUAAUGCUGUAAUUCUCUCGGAGUCAAAAGUUCAAGCCCAGGUGAGCUUCCCUUGUUAAAGUCCCACCUCCCAGAAUCUCGGUAACCAAGCCCCCUUCAGUCAUGUAGCAUGCAAUGUUCUGAUGUUCUUGGAAGACUUGUGCAGUUAUCCUAUUAAAGGGUUAUCUCUGCUUUUGGCUGUGCCAAGACUUAAAGCUUAAGGUGGUCGUUGCAUGAGAUUUCCUCAGUGCUGCCAGUGCUCUGUGAGAACACUGUCCUCUCCUGCUCUCAACCUCACCACUGGCUCUCUGCAGGACUCUGGCCCAAAUCAAGCCUCUCGAGGAAUAAUGGGCGCCCACAGCUCCAACCUGGAUGAUCUCAUGGAGGAGGACAUGCACCACUGGUACACCAAAUUCAUGAGGGAGUCUCCGUCUGGGCUCAUAACGCUCUUUGAGCUCAAGACUAUGCUUGAAAUGGGCGGUAUGACAGAGGAGGCCAGCAGCUAUGUGGACCAGGUCUUCUUCACCUUUGAUAUGGAUGGGGAUGGCUAUAUAGACUUUGUGGAAUACAUCGCAGCAAUCAGUUUGCUACUGAAAGGAGAAAUUAACCAGAAACUGAAGUGGUACUUCAAGCUCUUUGAUCAAGAUGGAAAUGGGAAAAUUGACAAAGAUGAAUUGGAGACCAUAUUCAAGGCUAUUCAAGAUAUCACCAGAAGCUACGACAUUCCCCCAGAUGAGAUUGUGACUCUUAUAUAUGAGAAGAUUGAUGUCAACGGAGAAGGCGAGCUCACACUGGAGGAGUUCAUCAGUGGAGUCAGGGAUCAUCCCGACAUCAUGGAAAUGCUCACCAAGAUGAUGGAUCUUACCAACGUCCUGGAAAUUAUUCUUAAAGGCCAGCAGAGGAAAGCUGUAAACUGAAUUAGCAAUGAACAAGAUGGAUUGUGUGGAGAAUUCUUUUUGGAGGGUUUUCAGCAUGCAGCAGUGUUGAGAGAAGAGUGUUUGUGCUUGAUUGGUGAAGAGCCAAGUCCCAGCUCAAACUGCACAGAUUGAACUGAAUGGAUUGACUGAGCAGGCCCACGCAGACAUGAUCUCUCUCUGUGUGUGUGCCACCGGAGGGAAGCAGGGGAUUUGUCCUCUUCCCUCAGCUUGCGCUCGCACAUUCCUUCAGCGGUGGCCCUUCAGUUUUGAUAAGUUUUCAAACGUUUUUACUGGUGAUGUGUUUGGAGAGUCUCGGUGAAGGGAGGCCCAUCUGCUCUCAGGUUCCCAUCAUGAUUCGAGGAGACGGCGCAAAGCGAGGUGGAUAGGUCGCUUUGAUUUACCUUGUUAAGAGCUUACUGAGCCGGAAAUAUUGUAUGGGACUUUUGGUUCACUGUACUGUCAGGCACAAGAAGACAACUGCCAAACUGAUAGUGAAUGUCUUACAAAACUUCAGUACAGAAAGCACUUCCUAUGGCAUCUAUGACAUCAUUACAGCAUUUGGGUGUUAACCUAUUAACAUGUUAACAUCUAAAACACUUUAUGAGAUUGAUUGUUCUGUGUUUUGUGUUGUUGCACAUGUAGGAUCUGCAUGAAAGCUAUGCUGAUGCUUGUAGAAAAACUGGAUGGUAGCUGAAGAUCCAUGUCGUGGGUGAAUGUAAAAAAAGAAAUGGCAUGAAUUUAGUAUAUUUUACAAUAAUUAAGUUUGCAAUGUUGCCUUAAAAUCAAUACAAUGUUUUUGUUAAACUCUUUUUGUCUUUUGUUCUCUAAAUAAUCUUGACACUGGCAGUUUACAGAAUAAUUUUUUUUCACCAGAUUAAAAUGCAGGAGUAAAAGCAACCCAACAUUUUAUUAAUUCAUUAAUUUAUGGUUUAGUUCAUCACCUCACCUCAGUGGCGAUUAAAUUUAUAUUUAUGGGAGUAUAGUCUAGUGUGCGGACUCUUGUUUUUCCAUCCAAAGCAGACCAUUGUCACAAGGAUGCAGGGGGUAUAAAACCUAUUCAAAUUCAUCACUCUCUGAUCUGCUUAAUUAUGAGAGGGGUUCUACAUUAAAUGUAAAAUGGAAGCAUAUGCAUGGUGUCCAAAAUAACCUGUCUCCAACUGCAAACAUACUGUAUGUCACUGUGUGAAAAUCCAUUUUAAAUUAAACCUUAUCCAAAGAGCAGCUAUCAUUUUCUAAACAAUUAUCCUUGUCUUUUUAAGUGAUAAAAAUCUAGUCUUUUGUUUUCAGGGUGGUGCUUGGCUCCUCUUCUGAAUUAGUCUGCCAAGGGACAGACUGUCUGCAGAGCUUUCAUUUCCAUUUGUGCACAAAAUACCAGAGCUCUUCUCAAACAUGAAAGAUCCUUAUUAUCAGCCAUCAUUUAGUUUUUGAGGGGAACCAGACGUACAAACAAUUGUUUGCACCCAAGCCCAUCUGGACCUCUCCGUCAUUUUUGAGAUUAUAUGAGGAUAACUUAAUUUUCUUUUAAAGAUCAGUUGUCCAAGUUCUCUUUGCCUUUGCAGUAUUAUGUGCAGACAGACAACAGAAGAACCAGGAGUUCAUGUCUCUAAGAUAACCUGCAAAUGCAAACACAGCUGACCUUGGUUUAAUAAUUAGUCCUUUUUGUUUGGUUAAAAUUUGACAUCCCUCUGCUGAUUUUUGAACUUAAAU